UUAUUAACAGUCAUGGAUACAUAUGUUUCAGUUCCCUGAAAUCAUUGAUCUAAAUGUGGGCGGACGACAUCUCAGCACCCGUGUUUCAACUCUCACCAAGUACCCGGGUUCCAAGUUGGCCGAUAUGUUCAGUGGGAAGUACGCUAUUCCCCAAGACAAGGAUGGCCGCUUCUUCAUCGAUGCGGAUGGAGACGUUUUUGUCCACAUCCUCAACUUCCUGAGGCAUGAGACGCUGCCCCCUCCCGACCAGGCUAUUGAUGUAAAUAAGUACGCAAACAUAUUUGGCAUAGAGCAAUUAAGAGCUAAACUUUUAAAAUGGGAACCAGUCUUGAAACAGGCUUUGAGAGACAAGUGGAAACGAGAGAUCGACGGAUAUGAUGAUUGCUUGAAUCAGGUGCGAGAAGGGUUGAUCGCAAGUCGGUAUCAAAGAGGUCACCUGUACAUUCAAUUUACGGAUUCAUUUCAACACGUAUUCUCCUCGUGCAAGGUGGCUGGUAUUCCUGAGGGGCAUCAGGUCAUCAACGUGAAAUAUUCCUCCAACAAAACGGACGGUACAACUCUUGUGGCCUUCCUCAAUGACGAUCUGAAACGUAUGGGUAUUUACCUACAGCCGGGAGACUUCCGCCCUAAACCAGAGUGUGGUUGUCGCGUGGUCCUGCACUACAUGAUAAAAUCCGAGUAAUUGAUGUACACAAAUCAACAAACGCGUGUAGUGAAAUUCAAUUUCGCACGUGCAACUCGUACAUCUGGCUGUUCUACUAGCAAGUUGUCCCCCCUCGUAA